UGUUUCCUGAUCCACCGGUUCGACUUCGGGAUGCCAUUAGUCCAGCAACUGACUGCACAGCAACCGGAGCAAGGCUCUGUAAGCCGCACAUGUUUUGUGAGAUUGGCUGAAUUGUAACGAACAAUAACGGGAUUCUCAGAUCGAAGCGAAUUCAAAAGUGAACUAUUUUAAAGUUUAAUUAUGGCUAUCUUGCCAUCAUUUGUAAGGACAGUGACGAAUUAGUGAAAAUGCCAAUAAGUGUAAUCAAUUUAGCAUGUGCCAAAAUAUAGUGUUACGAAGCAAUCAACCAUACUACCAAAAAUACAACGCGAAUAAUAUAUUGUAUAGAAACUAAUUUGAGAUUUUAUUAAUAUAUUAGGGCGAAAGCCGCCUGUAAGCGAUUGGAUAAUCUUCUCAUAAAAGAUUUUGUUUUCGGAUGACAGAAAUGUGGCAGAACCUAAAAACAAAUCAACAAAUCAGCAGAGAUCGAAAAUCUUUAAUCAAGCUGAAAAUAAUAUUGGAUUUAGACUGACAACAAGUUCCUCGAUAAAAUAUUCUACCUUAUCUAGUAUGGAUAAAUUCUAAAGAUUGUACACUUACGUUCGCCGGCACCUCUUAAGAACAAGUGGUUGAAGACCACUGAACUUACUCACAUCUAAAGCUACAGACAGCUGCGUCUUUGUAAUGGAUUCGCGCCUGGCAUCAAAAAGACACACCUCAUACCUAUACCUAAAACCCCUUCGUCAUCGUGUGGUGCUUAUUGGAUGGGCUUUAAUAUGGACAAUGUCCCUGAACUGUGUAUUCUGUGGAGAAAAAUUGGCUUUACUAUCGGCUACUUUGCGCACAUAUCAGAAAGUGGCAUGUGACUCGGAUCAAGUGGUUAUAGCCUGUCCCCGUGGUACUAGUAUUUCAAUUGAGUUUGCCCAGUACAACAAUUUUGUUGCGAAAGACGGUUACAGUAUCGAAGAAUUAUGUCCUGGGUCUGGGGAAAGAAGAUCCGAAAUCCGAGGUAGAACAAAGCACCUACUUCGCGGAUCCAUAUUUGGCUCACCCUCACUUAACAUACCGUCUAACAAAUAUAUGAAUGAAGGGCACUCCCUUGCAGUUCCAGUAAAUCCCGUUCCUGAUUCCAACAGCAGCAGUGCCACUAUCUCCGAACCAAUUUCUAGCAUAACCCCUUCUGUCGAGGAUGUGCAAAGUACGGAUUACAAUACUGACAACGCUUCUGAAAACUGCAUGUGGCCAAAUGCAUUACAGUACUCCUUACUGCAAACUGUCGUCGAGGCCUGCCAAAAGAAGAAGCACUGCAAGUUUCACGGAUCCCUGCAAUUCUACGGCCAGGGCUCCAGCGGUGUGGGCGACUCGUCUGGAACCAGCAGCUAUCACAGCAGCACGGCCAGCUCCAAUGCAAUAAGCAGCGAUCCAUGUCCCAAGCGCAAAAAAAUUGUCGAAGUCGCUUACAAAUGUCGCCCAUAUGAGUUCCGAAGUAAGGUUGCUUGCCACAAUGAUGUAGCACAACUAGAGUGCAAUCCAUACUCCCGUAUAGCCGUAUAUAGUGCAAGCUUUGGAAGAACAGAGUACGAGAGCAUUCAGUGUCCCCAGCCGCAAGGAGUUCGCGAAGAAACUUGUCUCGCUUCAUAUGCCACGGAGACUGUAAUGCAAAUUUGCCAUGGUAGACGUCGAUGCAACCUGGCAGCCGACGCAAAUACUUUUGGAAGCCCUUGCCAACCAAAUUCUCGAAUGUACUUGAAAGUUGUCUAUACGUGCGUGCCAAAGCAAGUUCUUAAAGAAAACAAGGCGUCGGAAGUGGAGGCUGACGAAUCUGAGGAUUUUGAAGGUGAUCUGAAUGACCUCUACGACGAUGAGCUGAUUUAUAAGGAGUCCGAGGCGAUACCCAAGCUGUUCAGCAAUACGACCACGACAGUACGCCGAAACGGAACCAGAUCGCUAGGGUUUAGAUUCAGCGUUAAUUCUGCGAACAAUCAGAACAUAACAAACAUUUCUAUGGUUGUUGAAGGUGAUGGAAGUGGCGUGAAUCACGUCAUGACGCACAGUGCUGACUUAAGUCUAGAGGAGGACCAAGAACGUCUCUAUUUUUAUCUUCUUGUUCUGGGGUCCCUCGGAGUGCUAAUUUGCAUAGUAAUUUUCGGGACUAGGAUAGUGCUUCAAAAACGCCGUCUGAUCACGGAAACGCACUCCAGUUCUUUGGCAAAAGGGAGGAGACAAGCAGUUGAGGAAACAACCGUUCCAAGCAGCUUUAAUGACACCAUUUCCGAAAUAGACGCUGAAAUCGAUCUAAAAGCUACACUCCCUUUACCCAGCUUGUCUCAGAAAGAGAACUACUUGACUUACGCACCAACCAGCAGUCUGUACGCCGAUCUCCCCUCCAACCAGCUGGUCUCAGCGUGUAACCCAGGGUCAGUCGCCGGGCAAAUGGAAAAAACGCCAAUGGUUUCGACUCGUCAAUCACCCGACCUUAUUGGCAUAACACCGGGACCUUUUGUGACUACAAGUAUGGCGAGCUUAGGCGGUCAGGGUCCGAUGGCGGGGAUCCUGACGUCGGCUAUUGUGAUUGGAGCUUCUGCACCUAGUAGCAGUUCCUUAGGCACUAUGAUCCCUAUCACCCACUACACAACUGCUCCAACAAUCAGAAGCGGGUACAUCAUAAACGCCGAGAGCAUGGGUGUAAUUCAGCGGGCGAAUAACACGCCCAGCCCGUUAAACUUACUGUCCGGGAGCACGCCAGAGCACCCCCCACAAGCGGGACCGGUAAUUUCGUCGGGGGCUAUGACUGUAAGUCCUCAGGACCAUGGGGCUAUAUGUGUUCCGGGCACAUCAACACUGCGGCGUGUUAAGCCACCCAUUUUGCAGCCACAGCUCUCAUAUGAUGGCACCGCACCGCGGACUCUCUCCACCGGAGUAGCUGUUGGGUCGCAGUUCUAUUACGGAUGACACGGCACACUGGACUGUGACCCGUUUGUGUACACCCCUGCUUUAGAAGUGGCGCCCUCGAUUUCCAGUACUCAAAAUACAGGGGAGGAGUUAGAUCGAGCAAGCUUUAAAAAUGGUAUUGACGCUCUUAGCCAUUGACGUCGGCAUUCCCAAGUUUCCCUAGGUUGCAGAAUUUCGGACUAAGCAACAAAGCCAGUUCUAUCCAACCAGCAAAAGGUGUUUUAAAAUCCCAGCCAAAUCCAGAUUCUGAGUGAAAUGGAUCUUAUCAAGCACACUGUUGUUUUCAACAUGGAAGAAAUAUUGGCAGCUGCGUGUAUCUAAUAAAUAAAUUAUAUGGUACUAAAAACGGAAAAAAUCUUUGUUAAAUUAAUAGGUUGUCUUCCGUCAGCCGAGAGGGGCCGGCAAACUCAUACAAUGACCAGUUUGUAUACACUAGUGUGAGUCUUCCGCAUUUCAAUCAUGCAUUAAUACCAAUAAAUAUGAAAAAAAAAAACAUUAAUACAAUUUGAAGACAAGAAUCCACCGGUGAAUAAUUGUGUGAUGAAAGUUAAAAAAUGUGCAGUACGGAAAGAAAAGAGCAUAAGCUUAUUUAAAACAAAUUGUAGGGUUGCACCGUUUUUUCGAUUCUAAGGUGCUUCAAUGUCCUGAUUAAAACCCCGACUCCUUAACGGCCCACUUGAAUGAAAUUUGCGUAGUAGCACAAAAGGACAGCAGUACUUACAGCAGAAAGGUGGUAUGAUCAGUCGUAGGCCCUGCGCAGUAGGAAAACCUGAAUAUAGAAUUACAUAAAGAGGGUAAUCUUUGUAUAAUAAGUUAGGAGCAUACACGAGUACCAUAGUAUGCUCCUGUAUAGUUGCAUUCAAACUCCAGUUUAAUAUCAAUAAAAUAUUUGUAAAUAUGUUUUAUUUAGUCGUGCUGUUUGUUUUAAAGUUUUACUUUUAAUAUCAAGUGCCUUUCUUAUUAGCAUUUAAGUGUAAAUUAGCUGUACAAUAUACCAAAACAUUGGGAAGUAACCUUUGCCUACUAAAUUGUAAAUAAAUAGUACAGCCGUUAAUAUUGUUUGAAUAAAAGCAACCCCGAAAUUACAGGAACAGGUAUAUAUAUAUAAAUUAAUCCUG